AUGGCUCGGCUCACUCGCCGUACAGGCACGCAAAAGUCGGCGCCGGCUCAGUCGCAGCAAGACAGCCAGGAACAUGAUCAGCUCGCGUCCUCCUCUUCUCAGCAGCAAUUGAGUCGCAGCGAUAGAACUUCGAGAACAAGAGGUGUGGACCAGCAGCAAGACAUCGCCGACGCUGAAUUGCAAGAAGAAGCCGACGAAGCAGCCGAUGACGAUCAGGGCGACGACCCGCUAGCCGACCACCAAGACGACCAUGCUCGACCACCACCUCCUUUACCAUCGUCCACCUUCGCAGCCCAGAGCGAGGCGGAUCACAUCAAGAUCAUGCUCGCCACCGACAACCACAUCGGCUACAUGGAGCGCGACCCGGUGCGUGGGCAAGACUCCAUUCGCACCUUCGAAGAGAUCCUACGGCUUGCCGUCCAGCACGAAGUCGAUUUUAUUCUGCUUGGCGGAGACCUCUUCCACGAAAACAAGCCAAGUCGAGCCACGCUGCACCAGACCAUGGCGCUGUUGAGGCAGUAUACGCUCGGCGACAAGCCUGUCUCGGUUGAGUUGCUCAGCGAUCCCAACGACGGAGCGCUACCUGGAAAGGAUUUCCCGGCCAUCAACUACGAAGAUCCAAAUCUCAACGUUGGCAUCCCAGUCUUUUCGAUUCACGGCAAUCACGACGACCCGCAAGGUGUAGGCGAGGCGGGUGCGCUCUCUGCGCUCGAUCUGCUGUCCGUCUCGGGUCUCAUCAACUACUUUGGAAAGAUUGAGCUACCCUCGGACGACGCCGCUGCUGGCACGUCGGCGGCGAGGACGGCACGAGGCGGAGCAUUUCAGGAAAAGGGCAUUCGCAUCAAGCCUGUGCUGCUGCAAAAAGGCCAGACCAAGCUCGCACUCUACGGCAUGGGCAACAUCAAAGACGAGCGUAUGCACUUCGAGCUCCGCGCCAACCGCGUGAGAAUGUAUCGACCGCAAGAGGACCCAGACUCGUGGUUCAACAUCCUCUGUGUGCACCAGAACAGGGUGGCACACAAUCCAAAGGCGUGCGUGCCCGAGACCAUGUUUGACGACUCGAUCCAUCUCGUGGUAUGGGGACACGAGCAUGAACAGAUGAUCCAGCCGCAGCCGGUGACCGAGAAGCGAUAUCACAUCACCCAGCCUGGUAGCAGCGUCGCGACGAGCCUCAGUCAGGGCGAGACGGUGGAAAAGUGCGUGGCCAUCAUCCACGUCGAGAAGACGGAUUUCUUGAUCGAGCCCAUCCCGCUGCAGACGGUGAGGCCAUUUGUAAUGGACGAUAUGGUGCUGUCCGAGGAGCUCGAGGAUGCAGGCUUGUCGUCGGAGAGGAGCGACAUCAUUAAGCUACUGCGUAAGAGGGUCGACGGGCUGAUUGUGCGUGCCAAUCAAGAGUUCAAGGAGCGAUACCCUGGGCGCGAGAUGCCGCUUCCGCUUGUCCGACUGCGCGUCGAGUACACCAAUCAGGAGAUCAGCAAUCCGCAACGCUUCGGCCAGGAGUUUGCGGGCAAAGUGGCCAACCCGAAAGAAGUGCUUCAAUUCACCAAGCGCAAGAAUCUCAGGAGUGGGCGCCGUGGCGAGCAAGAUGGUGCCAACGCGUCCAGCGCCUACGUCGAUGUGGAAGAGGAAGGCUUGCUGCCUGUCGAACGCCUAGAAAAGGUCGACGUGGGCAAGCUGGUGCAGGAGUACUUGCAAGCGCAGAACCUUGACAUCUUGAAUCCGGAUGGCCUCGAAGGUGCGGUGCUCAACUUUGUCGAAAAGGACGACCGCGAUGCCAUCGACAGCUUUGUCACCAAGAUGCUCAGGAACACGGUCAAAGGGUUGGUGACGAUCGAUCCAGAAGAGUCUCGUAUUGAUGGAGAACUGGAGAGGUUGCGACAGCAGCAGCUGGAGCAGAGGCGGGAGAUGGAGCUCGAUGCGGACGCGAAUGCGAGGAGGAGCACAGCGGCGAGAAGGGGAGAUGACUCGGAUGAUUCAAUGAUGGACGAUCUGGAACCUCCGGUACCGCGUGCUGCUGCGUCGGCGAGAGCGACGGGAAGAAGCCGCAAUGCGCCGGCUACCAACUACGAAGAUCAGGAUGAGGAUGAGGAGGACGAGUUCGAUGACGGAGCAAGCGUGGCAAGCAGCACUCGCAGGGGUACUACAAGUAGACGUGGAGCUGCGUCGACCUCGACAAGCAGAGCGAAGAAGGCCCCUGCUGCGAGAGCCCCAGCUCGAGCACGAGCACCUGCCUCCACAUCAACGUCACGAACGGCUGCAGCGGCACCAACAUUUCUGGGACCGGAAUCAGCGUAUGCAGAACAAGACGAAGAGUCUGAUGUUGCCAUCGACGAGCAAGCUUCGACACCGGCCCCACCGUCAACCCGAGGUCAUGCUAGCGUGCUCGAUCUGCUUAGCAGGCAGAGCGCAUCUAAUUCCAAAGCGGCCAGAGGUCGCACCAAAGCUGCUGCACCUGCAAUGGCGGCAAGGAGCAGUAGAGGUGAGAAGCAGAAUACACAGCGUCAGCGCACGCAACAGCAACAGCAACAGGAGAGCAUUCGGAUCAGCGACGACGACGAGGGGGAUGCGAUCGUUGACGAUGACGAGGAUGAGUUUGUCGAGCCUGCGGGGCGGACUGCUGGACGACGCGCUGGCCGGCGGUGA